AUGACCCUAUUUAUCCUCACCGAAACCAGCGCGGGCUAUGCCCUGCUGAAGGCCAAGGACAAGAAACUGCUGAAGAGAGAUGAUUUGACUACGGAGGCGUCCACGGCAGAGGGUGUUUCGAACUUGUUGAAAUUGAAGAGUUUCCAGAAAUUUGACAGUGCUACUACUGCCCUGGAGGAAGUUGCUUCUCUCGUUGAGGGAAAAGUAACGCCUCGUCUCGCUAGUCUUCUAGAUGAAAUUAAGGACGAGAAGAAGGUCUCACUGGCAGUGGCUGAUCCCAAACUUGGAAAUGCCAUUGGCAAGCUUCCCGGCAUGUCAAUCCAACUGGUGGCCGACUCCUCCACCGCCGAUAUCUAUCGUGCUAUCCGUGAACACCUACCUACGUUAAUCCCCGGUCUCCUCCCCCAGGAUAUGUCUACCAUGGCCCUGGGUCUGUCCCAUUCCCUCGCUAGACAUAAGCUCAAGUUUUCUCCCGAUAAGAUUGACACCAUGAUCGUGCAGGCCAUCGGUCUGUUGGAUGAUUUGGACAAGGAACUCAACAACUAUGCUAUGCGUGUGAAGGAAUGGUAUGGCUGGCAUUUCCCUGAGCUGGCGAAGAUCCUCAACGAUAACCUUGCCUACGCCAAGCUCGUUCUGAAGAUGGGCAUGAGGACCAAUUGGGAGGCCUCCGAUCUGGCCGAGAUCCUACCCGAGGAGCUCGAGGGUUCCGUCAAGGCCGCAGCCGAUCGCUCCAUGGGUACUGAGAUCAGCCAGGACGAUUUAGAAAACAUCCAGGCGCUAGCUGAGCAGGUGGUUGGAUUUUCUGAAUACCGCCAGCAGUUGGCCAGCUACCUAUCCGCUCGUAUGAACGCGAUUGCUCCGAACCUGACGGCCCUCGUCGGCGACCUUGUCGGUGCCCGUCUCAUUGCCCACGCCGGCAGCUUGACCAAUCUCUCCAAGAGCCCUGCCAGUACUAUUCAGAUUCUGGGAGCCGAGAAGGCGCUGUUCCGUGCCCUGAAGACGAAGCACGACACCCCGAAAUACGGUCUCAUCUACCAUGCUUCCCUCAUCGGCCAAGCCACUGGCAAGAACAAGGGCAAGAUGGCGCGUGUCCUGGCGGCCAAGGCCUCUCUGGGUAUCCGUGUGGACGCUCUAGCCGAGUGGGAUGAUGACGCUACGGAGGAGGACAAGUCCGCUCUGGGAACGGAAGCGCGGUACAACCUCGAGCGGAAACUAGCAGCCAUGGAGGGCAAACCCCUCAAGCCCCGCGGUGUUGCCAUUGCACCCAACGGUGCCGCUGUGCAACCUUCGAAAUUCGAAAUCAACGAAGCCCGGACAUACAAUGCCGACGCCGACGCCACUACUGGUGACGAGCCCUCUGCUAAGAAGCGCAAGAAGCUGGUGGAGGAAGUCGAGGACCAGGAUAUGGCUGAUGUGGACUCCUCUGGCGAAGAGCCCCAGGUCAAUGGCACCAAGGACAACGAUUCGUCGGACGAAUCGGAAGAGGAAAGUGGAAAGAAGCACAAAUCCAAGAAGGGCAAAGAUGUGGAACUCGAGAAGAUGGCCGAAAAGGCCGGUCUGAGCGUGAAGCGGUACAAGCGGAAGCUCGAGCGCGGCGAGAUCGAGUUCGAUGCUGCCGGCAACCCCAGCUCGAUCAGCAAGAAGGAUCUGAAGAAGGCCAAGAAGGAAGCCAAGAAGGCUUCCAAGGGUGACGAGAAGAAGCGCAAGCGGACAGACGACGGCGAGGAGGUGGAUAGCGCCGAGAAAAAGAAGAAGAAGAAGAAGAGCAAGGAGUAG